AUGGAGAUCAACGGUCAAGGUUGCAGUUAUCUAGGGUUCAUUCACCCUCAACAGCGCCAAAAUCAGGAGAUACAUACCCCCCCAUGCGACGUCGUUUUUGGUAGGUCAAAGCAAAGCAGAAGUGAGAAGAAGAGUCGCAAGGCUAUGUUGAAGCUUGGGAUGAAACCAAUUCCUGGUGUCAGUCGUGUCACUGUCAAGAAGAGCAAGAAUAUCUUAUUCGUCAUCUCAAAACCAGAUGUGUUCAAAAGCCCAGCAUCAGAUACGUACGUAAUAUUCGGAGAGGCAAAGAUUGAGGACUUAAGCUCGCAACUACAGACUCAAGCUGCCGAGCAAUUCAAAGCUCCGGACCUAAGCAAUGUGAUAUCGAAACCCGAGACAUCGACCAAUGUCCAGGAUGAUGAAGAAGUGGAUGAGACAGGUGUUGAGCCCAAGGACAUUGAAUUGGUUAUGACACAAGCAGGAGUGUCCAGGUCAAAGGCUGUCAAGGCACUCAAGGCUGCGGAUGGUGACAUUGUUUCUGCUAUUAUGGAGCUUACAACCUAAUUGGAGCGUUUCCUUAGCAGUUUUUAUUUGGCUUAUGAGAGUUGUGUGCCUCAGGUCAGAUAUCCCUUAUUUUACCGCUACUGUUUUGUUUUUUCCUUCUCCUGUUUUGGUAAUAUUAUCUUUUAGCUAUGUUCUUGUUACUGUGUACUAUUAAAACCAUUUGGGAGUACAUUUCUGUUACAAUAACGAUCUCGGUUUUG